CACGCAUCACACUUCUUCACAUCAAAUACGUUGCACAGAGAGCUCCAUUGGCCACACACAACAACACAAUCGCAUUUCUUCCCAGAUCGGACCGACAAGUGCAAUGGAUAUAGAAGAUACGGAUGUUUGUAUCAUCAAGGAGCCAGAUCGUGUGAUAGUCUACUCAAAUGAAACUUCACAUGAAUCAGGUCAUGAAAAUGGUGCUAAUCAACACAAUAUUACUGAGUCUUAUGAGCCAAUAGUUGAGAGUGCUGAACAUCAUAGUUCGGAGGAGAGCACCAAGGAAUAUGAGGUGAAGGAAUGUACAACAGAAAAUUCUGUUAAGAAAUCUGAUCAGUCGAACAUAAACAGUGAGAAGCAGAGUUUUGUGGGUUCUCCAUGCGAGAAGAGCUCAAAAUCCCACAGAACCAAGGCUGUGAAGCAGAGAUCAAGACCUCCCAUUGGAAAUCCUCACGGUAGAAGUACAGGAAAUGUCCAAAAGAAGCACACAGUUCCACAACCAUUUGCUCUAGCAACUGAGAAACGUGCCUCUGGCAUAAUGCGCCCUCUUGCUGAAGAUAAGCAGGGCACUCAUGAUAGAAAAUUGAUAAAUAAAAAAAAUGUCCUCACUCCAAAUAAUUUACAACAGAAUAAGUUGGAAUCACCUCCAGCGUUAAGAAAGCCAUUGCAACCUAAUAACAAGAAGCAUCCUGAUGAAGAUGAUUCUUGUUCUGUUGUUUCUCUAACUGCAGCUUCUGUGCGAUCAUUCAAGUCUAGGGCAACUGUUGCUUCAGCUCCUGUGUUUCAGUGCACUGAGCGUGCACAAAAACGAAAGGAGUUUUAUUCAAAAUUAGAGGCAAAGCAUCAAGCACUGGAAGCUGAGAAGAAUCAAAGUGAAGCAAGGAACAAGGAAGAGAGGGAGGCAGACAUCAAGCAGCUGAGGAAAAGUUUAAUGUUUAAAGCAAAUCCGAUGCCAAGCUUUUACCAUGAGGGGCCUCCACCAAAGGUUGAAUUGAAAAAGCCACCACCUACUCGUGCAAAAUCUCCAAAGCUAGGCCGCCUGAAGAACUGUAGUGGCUCCACUGUCAGUUCCUCUCAUGGGGACAAGGUCAAGGGCAAUGUUGUCCGGGAAAGUCAUCACUCUAACAAAGAAGAUGCCUGUGCUAACAUAGAUUAUGGGAUUGACUUAAAUAAUGGCAGUAAUAGUUAUGAACUCAAUAACAAGAUCAAGGACAUAGAAGAAAUGAAUGGGAUCAAAGGAAAUGGGCAAGUGGCUCUGAUCAUCUGAAGAUCAGCCAUCAGUCAUAAUGCUUUCAGUGAGAUUUGCUUUUCACUUCUUCUAAUUUAUGAAGAGUUGAGUCUUUAACACUUGUCUCUAUUCUGAAGCAUGUUCUUGUUAUUUUCUUUAAUUUAUAAUCUCUUGCUAUGUGCUUUUGUCUAAUUUAAGUGGUGAAAAUGUCCAUAUGUAAUUUAUUUCAGCUUGUAAGAAUGAAACUUAUUUAUCACAAGAGCUUAUUUAAGCGUCUGUUUGGCUCCCCCAGAACAAGGUCAGACUGUAUUUUGAGGUUCUUGUUAAAAAAAUAAAAUUCUGUGAAAA